AUCGUUUAACACAAUCCGAUCGACGAUCCAGCGCGCACCCAAUCACAAGUAGAAUAUUAGUAUGAGUAUCACGUCGCAGCGGGAGAAGGUGGUUCGCAGCCAUGUGCGCGAGGGCUGCGUCUUCGUCGUCGAAAUGAGUCGUCCUCGUGCCAAGAACGCUUUCAACGACGCGCUAUACGAGCAGCUUACUGCGGCACUGGAUGCGUUUGAGGCCGACGAGUCGCUACACGCGUUCGUCCUCACAGGCCACGGCGACUACUUCACAAGCGGCGCCGACGUGAAGGAGACAGCUGCUAUCCUGGGCGAUGGAUCCGUCCGUCCGCCCUCACAGAGUCCGUCUCACACCUUCAUGCACAAGAUGUUAGACUGCAACAAGCUGCUGAUAGCCGCUGUGAACGGCCCUGCUAUCGGCAUCGGCGUCACGCUACUCAUGCACUGCGAUCUCGUGUACGCGGCCGACAGCGCCACCUUCUGGACGCCGUUUCUGCGGAUUGGAGUCGUGCCGGAGUUCGCGUCCUCCUACACGUUCCCACACCUGCUGGGACCUAUUGUGGCUAACAACCUGGUGAUCCGUUCCAAGGUUUACACGGCGCAAGAAGCGUUGAGCACUAAUAUUGUGGGAGAAGUCUUCCCUACGACCGGCUUUCUGGAGAAGGUGCUCGCUGAGCUCACUCCACUUGUCAACAACCGCUUUAACAAGACCAGUCUGCCGGUGUACAAGACGCUGCUGCGUCGCGAACGCGCCCCGAAGAUCCGCGAGGCGCUGUUCUAUGAGUUCGAGCAACUGGACCGCCGUGCUGCGUCGGGAGAGUUCCUGGCCACCGUGAUGGAACUCAAGAAACAAUUCAACAACAAGAGCAGCAAACUGUGA